AUGUAUCGGGGAAAGACGAAUUAGACCGGGCAAAUUAUUGCUCUUCACUAGUGUUUCUGCGGUUACUCGUCAAGUUUUAAAAGUAUCGCGGAGUUCGGUUUAAUAUUUGAUUAACUGUGUUUUAUAACAUAUGUAGUGCUCAAGUGAAAUAAAUUCUACUUAGUACGUAGUACACCUGUGGCUAAGUGAAGAUGUGUUGUGACCGGUUACUUGUCAAGUUUUAAAAGUUUGUAUCGCGGGGUUCGGUUUAAUGUUUGGUUAACUGUGUGUUAUGACACAUGUAGUGCUCAAGUGAAAUAAAUUCUACUUAGUACGUAGUAUACCUGUGGCUAAGUGGAGAUGUGUUGUGGCGAUAAUUUACAUUAGUUUCUUGUGAUUUUAAGCCCAAGUGCAGAAUUCUAUUAGUGUUAGACUGUAAUUUAGACCACCAUAACCAACUUUUUAUAUACUGACGUUGAAGACACAAGAUGCCGGAUUCUGGCUACCACGACUAUCCGACGUAUCCGCUGGGUGCGACGGCGAACGGUAGCAACACCAAGACGCCUCAUCACCACCACAACAACAACGCAGAGAAACACGUGUUGUUCUUCCCACCGGAUGCACCUCAAGCCGACAGAGAGUCGCCAAAGCAGCAGCAGCAAACGGUCAGGGCUCACGGCAGCGCGAAGGCCCCGGACAACACCAGCAGGAUGCUGCGAGGUGGGUCCCUGGCUUCUGACUGGAUGGAAGAUACGUCAUGCCGCGGCACCACGCACAACUUCAAGGUGGGGAUAUACGGCUGGCGCAAGAGAUGCCUCUACCUGCUCAUACUGGGAUUGCUGGUCAUGGUGAUCGUGAACCUUGCCCUCACGCUCUGGGUACUCAAGGUUAUGGAAUUCUCAUCCGAGGGCAUGGGACAACUACGGAUAGUAACAGGUGGCAUACAGCUUAGUGGCCAGGCCAUGGUACUCGAUGCUCUUCUGGCGUCAACAAUCCGCUCCAGGAGAGGGCAGCCGAUCACUCUGGAAUCCAGCCGCAAUUUCACGAUCAACACGAGGGAUGAAGAUGGCCGAAUCGUUAACAGAAUAUUCUUGGGUAAUGACCGCUUGGAGUGCCACACAAGAGGUUUCCGUGUCACAGACACGAGGGGCACUGUUCUUUUCUCUGCCGACAAGAAUGAAGUCGUGGUUGGAGCAGAGGUACUCAGGGUCACAGGUGACGGUGGGGCCAUUUUUGACGGCACAGUUCAGACUCCACUAGUGAGAGCCGAUUCAGGAAACGAACUCAGGUUAGAGUCGCCCACCCGGUCACUAGAAGUGCGCGCCCCACUGGGGGUCCUCAUGGAAUCCCGUGCCGGGGACAUCAGCGCUUCAUGCUUGACGGAUCUCAAACUUCAGUCCGUUGCCGGAGCGGUACGACUAGAUUCGGCCAAUGUGUACCUGUCAGGUUUGAAAACUGCUACCCCUACGCCUCAACCACCGCCCUCCAGGGGGCUCCACCCCACACGGCACGAGAUCUAUCAGCUGUGUGUAUGCAGCAAUGGGAAGCUAUUCCUGGCGCCUCCCGAAGGGCUGUGUGCUGCUGACAACGACAGCAGUGUGUGUCGGUGAUGAGACUAUGUGAACUACUUGUAGCAUUUUCAGGGGUACAGUGCUGAAUUUCAUUGUUCCUUGUGAGCCUCUUCCUGCCCGAAGUUGUGACAACAGUGCCCGUCCCUUGUGAACACGGUACAACUGGUACGCGUGUUUCUGAACGUAGUGAUACUCUGUUCCAAUUCGUUUUGGUUACACUGCAACUCCUGCCUAUCCCUCUCGAAAAUUCUUCAGUUCUUCUGUACCGCAUUGAUCCUUCUGAACUUACAUCUUGACAGUCUAGAGAAACUUCUUGCCUCGUGCGACCGCAAUGCAGAGUCUCGAAGUCCCUUGUGAAUACACGCAAUUCAUUGUCUCCCUGUCUUUAUUGAACGCAUUUCAGCUUCUCCCUUUCCUUUAUGAAUGCGUGGCCGUUUCUUCCUGACACUUACGAACGCAUUGCAGCUCAUCUGUGUCAUAAAAUAAACCGUCGCACAGCCUUACAAUAUAAAAACCUUACUGUUUUGAUUUAUUUUUGCAUAUUUCGACCGUAAACGGUCAUCAUCAGGCGUCGUAGACAAAUCAGACAAAUAUGUAUAGACAAGUAUGUAUCUGUUGAAAUGUGAAGAUGUGUAGAAGUGUAGGUAAAGUUAUAAAAUACAAGUCCGUCCAAUGUGACUAUUUCAGUUUUCUCACUUGAUGAUUCACUAGCCUGACA